UUAGUUUUAUCCUAGUUGACCGAUUUAAACUGAGUGAACACGUGAACAUUUAAUGACCCGAAGUGAGUCUGCAAAAACCUUUGUAUAAAUUGUGGACCACAAAUUACUUUCGGUCCAUGUUCCUGUUAACGUCUGUUCACGUUGGUGUGUGAAGCACUCAUACUGUGAAAUGUUGGGGAGAACACUGAAAAUUCUUCGUGCGGCCGAGGCUCAUCUGGUGCAAAUGCAUCAGUUUGGAAAUGUCAAAAAACUUUCCACGAAAGUUUCCGAGCAGUUAAAUCAGCUUGCCUUCUUUGACGAUGAAUCCCAAGCAUCAGGACAAGUUGCUCAAAGUUUCAAAGGGAUGGAUCCAGAUUUUCCUUGUGCUACUAAAAACCCCUCAGCUGGUCCAGAGCCCGAGUAUGACAAUGUGGUCUCAGGUUUCAAACUUUACCACCAUCAAGAGCCGUUCUAUUUCAAGUAUAAUGAUGCUGUGUUACCAGAGCUGGAAAUUGCCUACGAAACAUGGGGAGAACUCAAUGAAAGUAGAGACAAUGCUGUCGUAGUACAUGCUGGGCUGUCAGCUAGUUCUCAUGCAAAAAGUCACAAGGACAAUCCGAAGCCUGGUUGGUGGGAGAAAUUUGUUGGACCUGGCUGUGCCAUUGAUACCAAUAAGUUCUUUGUUAUCUGCACUAACACUUUAGGGGGAUGUUAUGGAACCAGUGGACCCUCAUCUGUUAAUCCUGUCACUGGUAAGCGGUAUGCUACAACUUUCCCAGUAGUCUGUGUAGAUGAUAUGGUACAAGUACAGUGGCUACUGUUGAAUCACCUUGGAAUCACGAAGUUGCAUGCUUCUGUUGGAUCUUCCUUAGGUGGGAUGUGUAGUCUUACAGCUGCUGUACAGCAACCAGAAAGGGUAGGGAGGUUGAUCUCAAUAUCAUCUUGUGGGCAGUCCCAUGCCUCUUCCAUAGCUCUGCGCUACCUUCAGAGGAAAACAAUCAUGACAGACCCAGAUUGGAAUAAGGGCUUCUAUUAUGAAGGCAAAUAUCCUAGAACAGGAAUGAAGAUGGCAAGGGAGAUUGCCACACUGGGAUACCGUAGUGGACCAGAAUGGGGCAAGAGAUUUGGGAGGAAGAUGCUUAACCCAGGGAAGCCAAGCCUUUGCCCAACGUUCCUCAUAGAGAGUUACCUGGACUACCAAGGGGAGAGCUUCUGUACGAAGUAUGAUCCUAACUCUUUGCUGUACAUUUCAAAGGCUAUGGACCUGUUUGAUGUGGGCGAAGACUAUGGAGGCAAUGUCCAAACAGCCCUGUCCAGGAUUGAAUGUCCAGUCAUGGUCAUUGGUGUGAAAACGGACAUUCUAUUUCCAAUCUGGCAGCAGAGGGAGCUAGCAUGCAAUUUGAAGGAAGCUGGCAACAACGCUGUGACCUUUUAUGAAUUAGAUUCCAUUUAUGGUCAUGACACAUUCCUACUUGAUCUGAAUGGUGUUGGGUCUGCAGUAAAGGGAUUUCUUGAGACAGAAUUAGCAGAAAAGGGAAGAGCUCGACCACAGAAAGAUUUGGAUAACGCAGUGCAGUGACUUAAAAAUUGGACUAGCACAUUCGUAUCUGUUUACAACAAGAGUGAAAAGUGAACAUGGAUUUCCAGAAUUCUAACAGCUUUCUCCCCCAACUGUAACUGUCACAACAGUGGCAAAUAGGGGCUUGAUAUCCAGACAGCCAUGAACCCAAAUGGCAGACAUGGCUACCCAACACAAGUGCAUGCAGCAUACAAGGUUUAUGGACUUAAAUGAGAAGGCAACUAAUUCAUUACCAUAGACUUGAGUGUACCAAUGACGUAAAAAAAGCCUUUAGGUAGGCAGAAAACAUGUUUAACAAUAAAUAUGCAAACAAGCUAAACGAUGAUAAGGGGCCUAUUGUUUAGGGUUACUGGUGCUAGGAAUAUUGAAUGGAGAUGGGGAUUUUUAAAUAUGAAUUUACAUUGUAUUUUCACAUGAGAAGUAAUAUUUUGUAAUACUUUUUCAAUUGAGUGGGUUAAGCUUUAAGGCAGGUUUGCCUAUUUUUUUUUUUUUUUCAUUUAUUUUUGUGGAUCCUUUAUGUGAAAGGUCAUCAUAUUGCACCCUUUUUGGUAAGUACAGAUUUUAAAGCUUCUGCAAUGAAAAAACCUAAGAAUUAUUUAUUCUCAAAUAAUACCGAUUUUUCAAUGUGGAAGGUUGAAAGUGCCAAGUCCAUCAGUGUACAUUUUUCAUCACAUUUAUGCAUCUUUGAUCUCGCAAAAAUCAUUUUCAUUGUGUUAAUAUAUGAAUAAGUUGUAAACUCUUGAACAACUAUUGACAUUUCAUAAUUUUUUUCUUUCUGCGUAAAAAAAGUGCAGUAUAAUGAAUUUCAUAAAAUGGAUAAUUGUGUGGGCUUUUCCCCCUAAAGAUGCCCAAUUCAUUUUCUUUGAGUAUUAUUUAUUUAUAUCAUAAAGACAAGUUCCAUCAUUCAAAAAGUAAAUUAAAGUACAAGGUAGACAUAUUAAACUAUACACUAUACGUUACCCUAUUGUAAAAUUAGUGGUCUCAACAGUAAAUACAAAAAAAAAAAAAAAAAAAAAUCAAGAUUUUUUUUUAAAAACAUUCCAUUAUGCCCCUUUAAAGCACACUUAGUAAAAUGUUUUUAUAAAUCUGUUUAUUGACAAAUUGCAUGAUAGUUGCAAAAUAUUCUUUAUUUUUUUCAAUGUUUAGAGACAUCAUACUUUAAACAUUUCAAAUAAUGUAUUUAUUUAUAAAUGUUCAUAGGUCAUGUUCAUAUAAAUAUAUUUAUCACAUUUAUCAUCCAUUCAGAAGUUAAUCACUCACAAGUGUGUUUGUGAAUAAGUAGGUAUGUUAUUAUCAUUGUUUGUUUAAAUAUUUAUUUUGCAGUUUCUUUUUCACUGCACAGUAUUGAUAAUAGCAAUAAAUGCCAAUAAUUAUGCAUAUUCAGCUUUUGGCUCAACAUGUGAAUAUAUUAAAGAUGAAUUACAUAUUGCAAUGUUCUAUAUCAUAUAACUUGUUUAUGUUUUCAUAUAAACACCUGGAGCAAAGAAUAUCUUGCUGUACUGAGACCCAAACUUCCAGGUUUUCAAUUACAAUAAAAAUGUUCAAUAAACACAUUUUGUGUAGUGUUAUUGCCAAAACCAACCAAAUGGCUAUGGAUUAUUGCCUUGAAAUCAUUCUUUUUUUUCUUUAAUGAAAUACAAUAAUCUUGUUUUUUUUAUGCAUAUGUUUCAAUUUCAA